GCCAUCCGUUUCCCACUGCGCUAUGCAGCUGUACUCACAGGUCCUCGUGUGGCAUUGGUUGGGGUUGUGCUGGGCAUGCGGAGUGCUGUCAUCACAGCUGCUCCCUCCUUGAACCUAUUGAAAUUUGACUACUGCCGCCCUGGGGCACUCUCCCAUGCUUACUGUCUUCACCAGGACAUGAUCCGCCUGGCCUGCUCUGACACACGCUUCAACAGACUCUAUGGACUGUGUAUGAUUGUGCUGACCAUGGGCUCUGAUGUCCUUUUUAUCCUGCUCUCCUACACUACCAUCCUCCGCACCGUGCUGGCCAUUGCCUCUGCAGGGGAGCGACUCAAGGCCCUUAACACCUGUGUCUCCCAUAUUUUGGCCGUGCUCUGCUUCUAUGUGCCUGUGUUGGGCCUGUCCAUUGUGCACAGAUUUGGGCGCCACACCUCACCCCUGGUGCACAUCCUCAUGGGGACUGUCUCUGUGCUCUUCCCACCCCUGAUGAACCCUGUAAUCUACAGCAUCAAGACCCAGCAGAUCCGAAGGGCCAUUCUCAAGGUGAUUUCACUGGGAAAGAUACAAUGA